AGAAUUGGGAAAUAGGAGAAACGAGAAUUCUCAGAUGAUCGCGAAAACCGAAUGAAGAAAUACGAAAAAAAUAAAAAAAAAAAAGGGAGGAAGGGAUGAGAAAUGGACAUGUGAAAUUGGAGGGAACAAAAAAGGAACGUUGGAAUGAGAUUGAGUACACGUGAGGAGUGGAAUAAAAAAAGACAGGAAACUCUCAUGUGGGUUAAGAUUGGUAGUGAUGGGUUCGAGUCACUCGUGAACAUUCGAACAUUCAUUUUUUUCUGAAUAACGUUCGAAUAAAUUCGAUGGAUUUAAUCGAUCGAUUUAAAAUAUAUAUAUCUCGAUUAUUUGUCCUCUUUGUAAUAAUUUAUACAAAAUUUGUAAGUUUAACCAGGGGAAACUCGGAGAGAAAUUAAGAGAGGAGAAAAUAUUAUGAUGACGAGCUAUCGCUGAAAGCAGAAGAAAAAGGCAACAGUCUUUUAGAGAGUGGUGGAGGGAGUAGUGGCAAUGUUCUCUUUUCGUGUGACAAGGCUGAAUCAGUAUCAUCGUGGCUAUUGCGCGCGAGACACUAUUCUCUUAUUCUCUCGUUCUCGCUAUUUUAUCGCAGUUGUGCAUAUGUGUGUUACGCGCGUGCCAUUGUUCAUACGUACUUGCCGAUCAGUUUUUACGUUAUCUUCAAUAUCAGUAUGCUGAUUGCAAAGCUUUGAGGAAACAAUACUUUGAUCGCCUCCCCUCCUCCCACUUUUUAUCGGAUCCUUUUCGUGUUUAAACAAUCAAAGAAAGAAGAAUCCAAAGACUAUAAUGGUAUGUGCGAGAAACAUAUGUAAAAAACGUUGUUUUAUCAGUUUACGUGGUUCUGGAUAUUUAAAGCGUGCAAAUACUGAACGCCUCCAUGAAAUAUUUAAUCAGUACGCUUCACAAGAGAAAAAUGGCGAAAGGUUUAUGACCUCGUCUGACUUCGUCCGAACUUAUCUUGGACUCUACACCAAUCCUGAUUACAAUCCUGACUCCGUCAAUUUGCUGGCUGGUAUCGUCGAUACCAGUAAAGAUGGACUUAUAUCAUUCGCCGAGUUUCAAGCGUUCGAAGGAUUGCUCUGCGUACCAGAUGCUUUGUAUAAGACAGCUUUCCAGCUGUUUGAUACUAAUGGAAAUGGAAUGGUUGCAUUUGAUGAGUUCGCUGAGGUGAUGCGGAAAACGGAACUCCAUCGGCGGAUGCCCUUCAAUAUGGACAGCAGUUUCAUUAAACUUUACUUUGGAAAGGAUAAGCAGCGACUGAUAAGCUAUGCGGAGUUCAGUCAAUUUUUGCACGACUUCCACGAAGAAUACGCGACAGAAGCAUUCAAGAAAUUCGACAAGGAUGGGCAAGGUUUCAUUUCGGCGUUAGAUUUUCAAGAUAUCAUGCUCAGCAUCAAGAGUCAUUUAUUAACCAAGGAUGUAAGGGACAACUUGGUCGCUGCGGCUAGCACGGGGCAAGGUGGACGUAGCAAAGUCAGCUUUCCAUAUUUUAUGGCGUUCAAUUCCCUCUUGAAUAAUAUGGAGCUCAUUAAACGUAUUUAUCUCAACGCGACGAAUGGCCAUAGAUUCGAAGAAGUUACCAAAGAGAGGUUCCUUCAUUCCGCACAAAUGAUGUCUCAGAUCACGCCAUUGGAGGUAGAUAUUCUGUUCCAGUUAUGCGACCUGCUGCACCAAACUGGAUCUACGGAAGAUGACGAGGCAGAUUCGCGGCUUGGGAAAAUAGUGUACAGCGAUCUUGUGGCUCUUACCCCUGAGCAAUAUUUCAAGCAAAUCACGAAACGCUUAGCAGAGAUCAAAGCGGUAUCGAGUCCUGAUGAGCGUGGAGUGAUCGUACAGAUACUUGAGAGCGGUUAUCGGUUCGUUCUAGGGUCCAUAGGUGGAGCUGUUGGCGCUACAGCCGUAUACCCUAUUGAUUUGGUGAAGACAAGAAUGCAGAAUCAGAGGACUGGAUCGUUGGUUGGGGAGCUGAUGUACAGAAACAGCUUUGACUGCUUUCAAAAGGUGAUCCGGCACGAAGGUUUUUUCGGCCUUUACCGGGGUUUGUUACCUCAACUGAUGGGUGUAGCACCGGAAAAGGCCAUUAAGCUGACCGUUAACGAUUUUGUCAGAGAUAAGUUCAUGGAUAAAAAAGGAAAUUUGCCCCUUUACGGAGAGAUUAUAUCUGGUGCUUGUGCUGGAGGUUCUCAAGUAAUAUUUACGAAUCCUUUAGAAAUUGUGAAAAUUCGAUUGCAAGUGGCUGGAGAAAUAGCAGGCGGAUCUAAAGUUAGAGCUUGGACUGUCGUGAAAGACUUAGGCUUGUUUGGCUUGUACAAAGGUGCUAGAGCAUGUUUCUUGAGGGAUAUUCCUUUCAGUGCAAUUUACUUUCCAGUAUAUGCUCAUACGAAGGCACGAUUAGCGGAUGAAGGAGGUUAUAAUAAUCCUCUGUCGUUAUUAGUAUCCGGUGCGAUUGCUGGUAUUCCUGCAGCAGCGCUGGUCACUCCUGCAGACGUAAUAAAGACUAGAUUACAAGUUAUAGCGAGACGAGGUCAAACGACGUAUACCGGGUUACUAGAUUGUGCAAAGAAAAUUUACAAGGAGGAAGGUGCGAGAGCAUUUUGGAAAGGAGCCACAGGACUUGGCAACUUACUUCUAACACGAGUAUUCAGAUCAUCACCUCAAUUCGGAGUCACCCUUUUCACUUAUGAACUUCUGCAAAGGCUGUUCGUAGUUGAUUUUGGUGGAACACGACCUACGGGAUCAGAACAAAAGGUGCCUGCGAUAGGAGUGGCAGAAGAGAUUCGAUCGACUAACCCAGACCAUAUAGGAGGCUAUCAGAUUGCCUUACCGAUCUUUACCGGCAUCGAAACAAAAUUCGGUCUUUGUCUACCCAGGUUCCAAGCAGUAGAAAAAAUCAGAAAGUAACGUCAUCGUUUCAGCUUCAGCUAGCUGAUGAAGCUUAUAGCGACCUACUCAUCAUUACAGAAUUUCGUAUCAAAUCGCUGAAAAUUCAGACUAUCUGAGAAAAACGAGUGAAACGAGCUCCACAGAAUCAUAAACCGAAUAAAAAUCCGUCGAUUGAUCGAUAUACGAUAAAUUCAAUCUGGAUAAAAAGAGAAACAUCAUAAGACAUAGAAUCCUUGAGAAUAAUGACAGUGUUGCAGGAUGUUGAAUAUGACACGAAAGAGAGAGAGAGAGAGAGAGAGAGAAAAACUUAGAGAAAGAACUUGGAAAGAUAUUCCUUCGAAACGAUAUUAUAUAUUACAUACGAGAGUAAAGUGUUAGAUAGAAAUAUGGUGAAAAUUGCAUAUUCUAUCCGAGAUUAUUACGUAGAUUAUUACGCGUCUAGUUUGUUUAACGAAAUUGACGAUUAAAAAAAAAAAAAAAAAAAAAAAAGGAUAGCGUCAACACGCACAACCUUCUUCGUGAUAAUCGGUUCACCGAAAUCGAGAUAGCAAUUGUGAGAAAAAUCACACACAGGGUUUAGACAAGUUAAAUACAGACGGUUUAGCCUAAAGACAUUAUUGAAACGAGUGCAGCCUUUUUACGCUUACGUUAUGCAAGUGUGGAGCUCGAAUGGAUUGGCGAUGCGAAGAAGCAGAUGAAGAGUUAUCUUCUCUGUACAUUUUUCUUUUCUAUCUAAUAUCUUGUAUUUUUCACAUUUCACCCAUUGCACCCACCCAUUUGAAACAAGCGAACAAAAUACAAGCUAUACAGUGGUAGUGUAAUAACGCUUAUCCAUCUUUUAUUGUUACUUUGCAUUCGUAGGGAAUUUUUCUAUGAGAAAGAAUUGAAGAGAAUUGAUAAUUUGUCGAAGAAAUAUAAACGAAGAAAAAAAAAGAAAUGGUGCGAAGGGUGAAAUUAUACAUUAAGAUAUAAUUUUUAAUCCAACCUGGUUUGAAGAGAGAAAGAAAGAGAGAGAACCGGUUCGUGCUUCAAACCUUGCUUUAUAUUGCCGCUGUGGUCACCAUGUUACUUUUUCUACUUUUUAUAUAUGGAUCGAAGAUAUACUCGUUCGUAUGUAUCGUAUUUGUAUCGAACAGUUGUUCGCACUAUUUUUGUAGCGUUCUACUCGAUUGGAGCGGAAAUAGAGGUUUCAUAAGAGGAUUUCUGUUUUCCUAAGAAUGUUGACAGGUUUCAAAAUUGUCUUACCGCUUCUCUCAAACCCUUUAGAAUCGCUUUUUUGAGCUUUUUGAAUGAAGCCCCGGGAGGGUUGUACAACUUAUUGAUCUCUAAUUUACUCUGAUCGACGGGUGUAGAGUUCGCCAUGUUCGCCUAUAUUUUCUACUCUUCUUCUAGUCGCAACUGCCAUUCGUUUUCUUAUUUCUUUUUCGAUAUAUAACAACGGAUAAUUAUUAAUUUCGUUUGAUCGAUAUCGAUUAUUAUCUCGAUGAUACUUGACUUUUAAUGAUAAUGAUGUAGAAUUUUGUUCAUUCUAUCGCACAGCGAGAUCAGAGGCUAUGCCACACACACACACACACGUAUAUACAUUUAUUUCUCUUUUUAUCGAAAAUUAGUGGAAAAUAUUCGAACAUUCUGUAUCACACGAGAUUCUAAAAAAAACUAUCCAAAACGUUAUUAUAUUUUGCCCUGUCUCUCGGACAAUACUCUGACUAGAGUUAAGAGUCUUGUAUGAUACUAGAGAAUGUUUUAGAAAGAUGUUUUUCUCGUAAACAUUUUCGUCCGCUUAUUAAAAUAACUCGGUGUGGCCUCCCACGCGUUAUCUAUGGAAGAUAAUCGAGUUCUAUUUAUAAGUAAGAAUUUAAUCGAGAGUUCGAGGAAUGUUUUAAAAUGAUAAAAAGGAGGACUGGAUCCUUCAUUCCCUAGUUAAUGUUCACGAGUCUCGAGCUAUUUUAUAUCACACGCAUGGAUCGAGAAAACAUUGUGAAUCCUUUAAAACGAUCGUUCAAAAUAUUCGAAGAGGAUAAUGGUCCAAUAUUUCUUAAGGUAAAAGAGAAUGAAGAAAAAAGUUUUCAAGCGUAUAAACAUUUCUUGAUGAUCCUGGUUUGUCGAUGGUGAUGUUAUCUUCGAUGAUUUUGAACGAUUGGAUCGACCAAUAUCGUAUUGGUUUUUCGUCGAGAGGUCUAAAAGGCCGUGAAACGCUCCCUCCCGCAGUUCGAUAAUAUAUUAUUAACAAUACACGUCGGCUCGUACUUGCUGUAGAGAAAAUUAGUAAAUGGCUUGGGACAAAGUUUUCGAUACUUUCGAUCGAACGUUUCGAAGUGUGCAGGCACAGAUUCGCGAAAGUAAUAAUUGUACCAAGCUUUAAGAUAUCAGCAUAUUAUUAUAAUAUUUUUAAAAUAUUUUUCAAAAGAUAAUUUUUUAUCAUUGUGCUCAGAGAACAAAUACUUUAGAAUGCUUUAGAUUUUAUAAAUUUGCCAUUCGCUUCUUUAUAAGAUCAACUUAUGAUCAAGCAUUCAUUCAAGCAACAUUGUAGAAAUUAUUAAAGUUUAUUGUUGCUACCAAUUGUCAGCGAAAUGCGAUUUACCAGGAUUUUUCACUACCUAGAGCUAUUGCGUAUUUCUUUUUGUGUGCAUGUUGUUGGUCAAGAUCUCGGGUUAUUGCCUACAAAAUUAAAAAAAAAUUUGUUAAAACAGAUCUUGAUACAGUAUCUUUGUACACUAAUUAUUUUUUUUAAAAAUUCUACAAAAUUAUUUGUAGAUAAAAGCAAAUAUUUUUGUGAAACGUAUUUACUUUUCCAUCACAACUUUACAGCAGAUUAGGACCUAUGUCUUCCUCCACAGUAAUUCCGUGUAAGUUUUGAAAUUUAAAAUUAAUCUAAAUUUAUUUAAUAAAAUUUCAAUCACACGUGUACUUAUACCUAAUACUUGUAUCUAAUGUAGUAUUAUAACCAAUGGCUUGAUUCCAGAAUUUAGAUAUCUCUCUUAAAAAAAGAAUUUCAAAGAUCAUUCAUCAUAUUUUGAGAGCAAUAUCCUAGAAAAAUAAAAAGUAAAAAGUAGUCAUAGUUAUUAAAAGCAUCAAAGUAUUAUCUCAUGAGCUGACAAAUUGUCGAUAUUUGGUUCAAAAUAGUAGUUGAUAUAUUUUAAGAAAGCAACAAAAAAAAUCAUGGAACGAAGGGAGAAGAGACACGCGCUGUCUUUUAGAUUAAAGAAACGUAUUUUUUUUGCCCGUUGUGAUUAAUGAAAUCACGUACAAAUACAAUACUGAAGAUCAUGUAUAUAAGAAAAAAAAAAAAAAAAAUUGAAAAAUAUGAUGUAAAGAUAUUGUUGGGGCAACUAAAAAAAUUGCUUUUUGGCCCGAAAUAUCAAUUUAAAUAUGAUCAUAAUUUAAUGUACAUAUAUGUAUGUAUAUGUCAUGCGUAUGGCAUGCACAAUUUGCAAAUUGCGAAUACUGGAAUAUGGAAUUCGAUUCAAUUAAUUUAAUGCCGAUAAAAAGGUUUGCAUUCGAUAAGAAGAUUUACGGUCGGUAACAAAUUUCCCUGUUGAUUGAUUGAUAACCGAUUACCAAUCAAGAUGGAAAGUUAAGGUAGAUCAACUACCUUGUCGAUGAGACGUUUCAAGUGCCAAACAUAUUUUCGAAGUUGUACCUCUUUUUCUUUUUUUUUUUCUACUUUUUUUUUUUUUUUUUUGGCACUUCGAAUUUUUUUUUCCCCAAUUUUAUUCAGUCAGUGGUACGAGUCCAAUUGGACACUUGUCGUGUAGAAGAAAAGUAUUCGCAAGAUUCGAGAAUAUAUAACAAAAUGAUAAAAGUUCAGGAAAAUCCGUCGUGGGCAUUUUGCAGCUCAAUACACUUUAGUUUUUUUUUAUAUUAUCACAUCGUCGAACAAUUUCUCUCAAUAUUUCUGCACUAAUCUCUAAUCAUCGUUCUUAGUACGAUUUAUCUCUUUCUUAUUGUUGUCACAAUUUUUAAUGUUGUUACAAAUAUUUGUCGAGUUUAACGAGAUAAAAUGUUUACAAGUCGUCAUAUACACACAUGCGCGCGCAUGCGUGCUCACGAGCACGUGAUAAUCAAGCUUGUGAUAAGGGAAGAUAAGAACAGGAGAAAUCAGACAUGCAUUAUAUAAAGGAAUUGAAAGAUAUUUCAUAUAAAGCUGAUACUUUGAACAAUAAAAAUAAAGUAUUUAAUUUUUUUGUUUAUAUUUUAUUUUAUUUCAUUUUUUUUUUUUUCCAUACAGCAUAAUCUUCUUUUCGAUUCAUUUCAAAAAUCCAGGAUUUUUCCAAUCGGCCUAAAACAGUGGAGACAAUUCGCUUCUCUUGUUUAUGCGGCAUCUCUGAAGGUCACCUGUUCUUUCUGUCGGUAAACAAUAUUUCACGAUAUUUCCCAGCAGAGAUCGAAGUGCAAGAUAAGGACCAUGAUAUUAAAAAAAACCCAUAGAAAUAACGAAUGUAAAUCAACGACAACAAUCACUUCUUUACGAAUGAGCGAGAAAUAAUUUAAAAACUAUAAGUGAAAGAUUAUAAAUCGAGAAACAAUGUGUAAUAAGUUUUAAAGUUUCGAUCUCUGUUCACAGGCUUUGAAUAUUUCGCCUACUCGGUCGGGAGAACUAACAACAAGACAAAAUGACUACGCGAUUGCACAAAAAAGAACGUAUGAUACCAGAGAGAAACUAAAUAAGCGAAUUAGGGUUAAAAAGAACUAAUUAAAUUAAAAUAAAAAAAAAAAAAAAAAACAAACAAAAGAUUAUUAAGUAUACUACUCAAGUAAAUAAGUAAUUAAGCUCGCUUCCAUGAUCGACCGUCUCAUAUCCCAUAUUCGGCGCACAGUCGAAUCACAGUAUAAUAAAAAUGAAAAAAAAAAAAAGGAUAAAAAUAGAAAAAAAAAAAAAUGGUA